AGCUGACUCUCAGGACUUCCUUUAAAAACAAACACGCAGUGCAGUAAUGGACUUCAGUCCGAGAGAGACUGCGUGCAAUCUUUAACCACCUAAACCCAAACCUGCGGACUGGCUGAAGGCUCGCUGCUGUCUGUGCGCAGCUCCGAUUAAUGGCGCUGUUUUUGCUCGGAGGACGUGGCUUUAAGUGCACGAACGGCCUUUGGAGAGCCAUGACUGCGGCUCAGUCGUACUGCUCCUCGGUGGCCUCAGGCAGGCAGCCUGUUAAUGGAGUGGAUCUGUACUACGAGCAGACAGGCAGAGGAAAGCAUGCUGUGCUGCUGCUUCCUGGUGCUCUGGGAAGCACAAAGACAGAUUUCAGUCCUCAGCUUAAGUCUCUGAAUAAGGAACGCUUUACUGUAGUUGGCUGGGACCCCCGCGGUUAUGGACAAUCCCGUCCCCCAGACAGAGACUUCCCCCCUGACUUCUUUGAGAGGGAUGCAAAGGAUGCAGUGGAUCUAAUGAAGGCACUGGGCUUUGGCAGGUUCUCCCUGCUUGGGUGGAGCGACGGAGGAAUCACCGCUCUGGUUGCAGCGGCGAGGAACCCCAACCUGAUUAACAAGAUGGUCGUGUGGGGAUCCAAUGCUUUUAUUUCCCAGCAUGACUGCAAGCUUUAUGAUGAGGUGCGUGAUGUCUCCAAAUGGAGUGCGAGGAUGAGGCACCCUAUGGAGGAGGUGUAUGGGGCACAAGUCUUUGCUAAACUGUGGGAGGCCUGGGUGGAUGGAAUCGCACAGUUUGCCCACAGACCAGAAGGAAGCAUCUGCAUGGAGCUUCUGCCCCUGAUCAGCUGUCCAACCCUCAUCAUCCAUGGAGAGAAAGACCCCAUGGUGCCCAGCUUCCACCCUCAGUACCUCCUCAAACACAUCAAAGGUUCACGAUUGCAUCUAAUGCCAGAGGGUAAACACAACCUCCACCUGAGGUAUGCUGAUGAAUUCAACAAACUGGUGGAAGAUUUUCUAGAAGAGUGAAACAACUGCGGGAUCAUUUCAUUGUGGUGAACAAGGGUCAAUAUUACUUACUUUAAAAUAAAAUCUAUAAU